AUGGCUGAAGAUCUCGGAGGCUGUGUGCUCACGACGGACCGCCGGCUGCAGCAGAGGAAAGUAGAGUUACGAGGCGAUGACGUCAGGUGGUCACAGCUUUCACCGUCAGGUCCUCCGGGCCGGAAUUCCCUACAGAGCGAACUCGAACUUCAGCCACCACUAAUAAGUGAUCGGUAUCAUUUCCAUCCCGUAUGGCCUCAUAAAAAAUGA